CCAACACCGCAAGCGUCCUGUGACCUCCAGACACUGCGAGUGCGAGUGAGGAAGACCAAAUCCUUCUCGGCGAGGCGUCUUCGCCCAAAUCUUCACGAUUCCACAACAUUUCGGAGACGGCAAUGCCCUGGGAACUAGCUUGAGACGCGGCAUCGUUCCUAGAACAUGCCAACUCCCCACACCGAGCUACAUAACUAAGAGCUGCUAUCAACAAACUGAAGACUCACCUCUAUAGAAAGACCCAGCAGCUGUAAUUUUUGCUGUCCUUAGACGAAACGUCUUUCCUGAAAGCUGACAGGAAGGCAGCACAAAAACCAAGGGUGCUGUCACAGCGGAAUGGAAACAGUAGCAUUCGUUGCUCAAGGCCAUCUCCAGGAUGGAACAGGUACAACUUCAGUAUUUCCAGAAAAGUAAUAAGGUGACACAGACUGGCAUGAUAGAGGUACCUCAGCCUCCCGUUUUGGACAACUGUGCACCUGUGUACGCAAAUGUUACCUUCGAUGACAAUGCUACUGUCACGAAGGAACAAAAUAAAUUAAAAACCCAGAUUGAAAUGUGGUUACAGUCAGGUGCUGACAAGCCCUAUGAAUGUGGCAACUGCAGCAAGAGAUUCUCACAGAAGAGUCACCUGAACAGUCAUAUGCUAAUUCACACUAGCGACAAAAAGUACGAGUGUGAAUUGUGCGGUAAAAGGUUUACAAUGGAAAGUCACCUGAAUGGUCACAUGCUGGUUCACACCAGUGAGAAGAAAUUUGAGUGUGAUGUAUGUGCAAAAAGAUUUGCACAGAAGAGCCACCUGAAUGGGCAUAUGCUAGUUCACAGUGAAAAGAAAUAUGGGUGUGAGAUCUGUGGUAAACGUUUCAUACUUGAAAGCCACCUUAGUAGCCACAUGCAUGUGCACAGUGAGAAAAAAUUUGUGUGUGAGUUGUGUGGAAAGCGAUUCACACACAAAAGCCAUCUCAGUAGCCAUCUGCUGGUGCAUAGUGAGAAAAGGUUUGGAUGUGAGAUAUGUGGAAAGCGUUUUACGCAGUUAAGUCACCUCAACAGCCAUAGAUUUGUUCACAGCGAAGAGAAGAGGUUUGAGUGUGAGAUGUGUGGCAAGCGAUUCACACAGCUAAGCCACCUAAAUAGUCACAGGGUUGUGCACACAGUAGAGAAGAGGUUUGAAUGUGAAGGAUGUGGCAAACGGUUUAUGCAAAAAAGUCAUCUUAAUAGCCAUAGGUUUGUGCACAGUGAGGAGAAAAUGUACGAGUGCAAAGAAUGCGGAAAACGAUUUGCCCAGGAGGUUCACCUCAACAGUCACAAAUUUGUUCACAGCGAGGAAAAGAAGCUGGAGAGUCAGGAAUGGGGAAGGAAAUUUACACAAGAGACUAUUAUAAAUGGUCACAGAUUUGUGCAUCAUGAUAAGAAAAAGUUUGAAUGUCAGGAUUGUGGCAAGCGAUUCUUCUUGAAGAGUCACUUGAACAGCCACAGGUUUGUUCACACUGAAGAGAGAAGAUAUGAAUGUGGUGUGUGUGGUAAACGUUUUGCACAAAGGAGCCAUCUCAGUAGCCAUGAGUUUGUGCACAGUGAAGAGAAAUUGUUUGAGUGUGAAGAGUGUGGAAAGCGCUUUUCCCAACAAAUUCACCUCAGUAGCCACAUGUUUGUACACAGUGAAGAAAAGAGGUUCGCAUGUCAGGAAUGUGGCAAGCGCUUUUCACAAGAGAGCCACCUCAAUAGUCAUAGGUUUAUGCACACAGAGAAGAAAGGCUUUGACUUUGAAGAAUGUGGAAAGUUGUUUUCACAAAAGGGUCAUCUUAACAGCCUUAUCCUUGUCCCCAAUGAUGAUAAAGUGAUAGGAUAUGAGGAAAAUGGUAAGAUCUUCACUCAACAGGCCUAUCAGCCCCCAUACUCUUAUGGGCAGCUGACAGCUGGACAGUUGUCAGAAAAGGUGAGGACCCUGUGGCCACUAUAGCCUGGGGUAAAAGUCUUCCAAGUGCAAGACAAAAUAAUAAUUGCUGACAGUAACAGUAAAUUGGCAGCUGUAACACUUCCUGAGGUGGUACAGAAUCAGAGCACUACGUAAUUGCUUUGUUCCUACCAUGAAGCCUUUCCACCAACCAUGGUGCAUUUCAGGCAGUUACCCUUAUCAUGGGAAGCAAGAGAAGAGAUAUAUUUAUUAAUAUUAAUGAUUAAUAAACUGUGGCUUUUUAAUUUUGACAUAAAAUCCUGAUAUGUCAUAUAAGAUGACAUAUCUUAUGCAAAGAUUGGCCAGCUGUAUGAGAAUUAGUUACAGUAUUAGUGGCCACAAAAUUGAGUUUGAAACAAGUUUAUUAUAUGGUAUUGGGCAAGAAAAGUUUUGCUUUUUUUCUUCCUCUUUCAUGCAGUGGUCCAUGCAUAGAAUUUACUUGUAAUCUGUUUCUUUGUUUUGCAAAGCCAAGAAAUUUAACUGAAAACUAAAGGAAUUGGUGUGAAAAACUAUUUUUUUCUAGAUGCAAUAUUCAUUGUAAUUUGUGUUAUUUGUGCAUUUAUGAUACACUUUUAUUGAUCUCUUGCUUAUAAUGCUGAAAUACAAUAUUUGAUGAGCAGCCUGUAUGAGAGCAUGUCAGAUAUAAAGAAUUAGAGGGCUGCUAUUUACAUAUAAAUGAAGCUAUGCAGAAUGUGUUGCUUUUAUAAAGAAGGGCACAAAGGAAGACAAAAAAUGUAUUGGGUUCCAGAUACUUUUUUAUUUAUCUAUUUUGUAUCAUGUUUUAUUUAUUUAUGCACUUCCAUAAUGUUUACAUAAGCAUAUACUGUAACUUGAUAGAUAAGAUAAAAAAAGUAAAAAAAAAAACAAAAAACAAAAACAAAAAAAAAAAGAAUUUGAGAACUAGCAUGUUCUCUUAUUUUAUGAUAUUUCUAAAAUGAUGCUAAUGUUAGUAAAAGUAAGUGUAGUGAUUAUACGAUACACAUUGUAUAUGAGCACAGUAAUCUUUAAAAAAAUAUAACAGGAGGUCAAGUUGAAUUACUUCCUUUCAUUUCUGUGGUCUUUUUUAUCAGCAUCUUGCAUCUUGUGCAGACAAGCUGGGUAAAAAGAUGGCAAGAGAAAGAGGGUAUUUCGAGAUGAAUGAGAAUGUGGCAGAAUGUAGAGUGAAAAUAUAAGUUCCUUUGAAAAUUAGAUAGAAGUAAAGUUUCUUUAGUAUCUGACACCCUAUCAGGUACAGCAGACUGAACGUACAGACCCAGUGAUCUUUGUGUAUAUUUAUGUAUAUAUAUAUAUAUAAUUGACCAAGCGCCAGAUUGAUUUUUGUAUUGCCACAGUCCUCAUAUUUCAAUAGGGGAGAACUGUAAUGUGGUAGUGGUUUUGUAAGCAAAAUUAAUUAGAUAUGGAUUAUGCUCAAACAUAGAAGCAGAGAGCACAGAAUUAACAAGACAUGUAUUUGAUCGGCAGCUUGAUAGAAAUAUCUUAUUUUUAAGUUAUAUUUAGCAUGAUUUAUAAGCAAAGGUGUAGUAUGCAGUUCUUGUAAACAUUAAACAUUGUAUGUUUCACUUCACCAAGAAGGUAUUUAUAGUGUGAAAAUUGUUAUGUUAUUUAAUAAUCACAGAAAAUAUUAUAUAUGGCAGUAACUUGGUCUUCUGCAAGUCAGUCUUUGUAUGGUAUAAUUUUUAUUCUUUAUUUUAUUUUUAAGAUAAAAUUUAUGCAUUAAAAUAUUAUUAUUAUUAUAUAGAAUAUACAGAAAAAAGUCUAUAUUAAAUGGUACCGGUGUUUGUUGUGAACAAAUUGCCACUUUAUUUGAUGGAGAGGUCAUAAGAUAUUUUUUAUUUACUAUAUCAGCAUUUAUUGUUUCUAGUUGAUUAGAAAAUCUUUAUUAACCUGGCCUUGUACUUGGGAACAUGUUAUAAUGGUCUGAUGCAUUGAUAUAACUCGGUAAAGACUGGAUUUGCUCAUGAGUUGAAUUUGCAAAAUUCCUUUCAUUUAUUUUCAUUGCAUGAGCCAAUUUAGAAUUUUAUCAGUGCAAAAAUAUAUUUUGUUUUUCUCUUCUUUAUUAAUAAAAUAUAUUAUAAAUAUUGUUAUUAUUUUCUGAGAUUUAUUUUAUAAUUAUUGAAAAAUGUGUGCAGAAAAUGUACUAUAGUCUGUCAUGCAGUUUCAUUUUGUAAAAGAUAUCUUUGUUAUGUUUAAUACGGAACUUUAGCCUCAUUAUCGUUGGGGUUAAGUUUUACUCUAUUAUUGGUAACAAGUCCCAGAUUUGAGGGAUGGUGGGGUCGUGCUGCUUGGUCUUUGCUGAUGGAAGAAUAUUGUUGGUUGUAUUGAUGAGGUGGCAAUACCUGCAUUGAAUUUUAAUAGAGUAAUGAUUAUCAAAAUUUUCACACUAUACUUCAUAUUAACCUAAUAAGACCUCACAUAUGCCUACUGGGAUAUUAGGUGUAUAUUUCGCUUACAAAAAGUAGUUAGGGAUGAAGCCAGGCUUUAGUUAUGCCAGGACUGUGUACAUAGGUAGAGAAUAGGUUAUAACCAGGUAACUGAGACUUAAGUAAUGUGACACCACUUUUUAAGUUUUUUUUCCACAUGUAGGUAACAAUUGACCUAUGUAUAAUUUCCUUUUUUGUUAAAUAAACUCUUUAUAUUAAUGACAUAAA